CGUUGAUCACAAAGUCAACGUUUUUAACAAUAGCUUGGACUCUUUGCCACCACUUCGAAGUGUAAGCACUACUUUUGGAUUUUGGAUUUUGUUGGUUGAAAUGGAUACCGAUAUUCAGAGAUGUUUUCGCAGCAAAACUGUUUUCCUAACUGGAGCCACAGGCUUUUUGGGAAAAGUGGUAAUCGAAAAGCUUUUGCGCACCACGGAGGUGAAACGAAUCUAUGUAUUGAUCAGACCCAAGCGGGGUGUUGAGAUUCAGGAGAGGAUUAUCACUUGGUCAAAGGAUGCGGUUUUUGAACUGCUGCUCAAGUCCAAGCCGGAGGCCCUUCAAAGGGUUUGGCCCAUCGCAGGAGACUGUCUCGACACCGAUUUGGGUAUCAGCGAGAAGGAUCGAAGGCUUUUGGCCUCCGAGGUGCAGAUUGUAAUCCACGGAGCAGCCACCGUGCGGUUCAAUGAACCGCUCCAUGUGGCUCUGGCAAUCAACACAAGGGCCACAAGACUAAUGAUUCAACUGGCCAGGGAGAUGAGACAGCUGGAGUCGUUUGUUCAUGUCUCCACAGCCUUCUCCAACUGCAUUAUCUAUGACAUCAAGGAGAGUUUCUACCCCGAGCACCUUAGCUGCAGUUCCGAUAAGGUUCUGUCCAUGACCGAGCUGAUGAGUGACGAAUUGCUGGACAACAUGGAAAGUGCGCUUCUUGGGUCUUUUCCCAAUACUUACACCUAUACCAAGGCCCUGGCAGAGGAUGUGAUCCUGAAGGAAGCGGGUGGCUUACCCCUCUGCAUCUUUCGACCGGCAGUCAUCAUUGCGGCCCACAAGGAACCCAUCUCUGGCUGGAUUGACAACAUGUACGGACCGAUGGCCAUUCUUUUCGGAGUGGCUCGAGGAGUGCUGCGUAUCGCCACCAUAGAUCCCACGGCGGAGGCGAGUCUGGUGCCCGUGGACUACUGUGCCAAUAUGACCCUGGCCUGCUCUUGGAGAACCACUGAGGAUGGCAGCGGGAAGAGCUCAUCGGAGAGUCCCACCAUCUACCAACUGGCGCCGAGCAAUGAAAACAGACUCACUCACGGAGAGUUCAUUCAACAUGCCCUUGAUGGACGCUUCAAUUGUCCACUUACAAAGAUGAUAUGGUACCCCUUUCUCCACUGCAUUACAACGCAGUGGCUUUAUCCCCUGGUUGCCUUUUUCUACCACACCUUGCCAGCCUACUUUUUUGACAUGGCCCUUUGGCUGAGUGGACGGAAACCGCGACUGGUAAAGGUUUAUCAGAAGAUACACAAGACCCUUGGUAUCUUGGGGCCGUUUGCCUGCAAGAGCUGGAACUUUGACACGCGCAACACAGAUCAGUUGAGGCAACUCAUGUCGGUGGAGGAUCGACGGAUAUACUACUUUGACAUGGUCAGUCUCAACUGGAAAGAGUACUUCCUUCACGCCCUUCGAGGCAUGAGGCAAUAUCUGGGAAAUGAGCCGCCCACUCCGGAGUCCAUUGCUCAAGGCAUGAAGCUGAUCAAGCGCUUGAAGCUGCUCCACCAUAUCCUACAGUUCUUCCUCUGUUGUGUUGCCGCAUUUGUGGUGCUGUCGUUGGUCAAGCUUGUACUGUAAAUUAGUCAUAUAUGAAACUUAAAAACCCUAUAAAUGAGUCACUGAACAAAUAUAUAUACACACUUACCUAAAAA